AUGGAAAUAUCUACAAUUGAUGACUUCGUUUUAAUUGAUAAUGAACUAAAACAAAUAGAAUUGAAAAGAGAAGAAUUAGCUACAACGAUUCCAAAUUUGUCAAAAAAAGCUAUUUGUGAUGAAAAACCAGCUGAUGUUUCCAAUGAAAUUAAUUCUAGCCUAGUUUAUCUUGCUAGUGACUUAUCUCAUAUUAAUCAAUUAUCUGAUUUAGAUCAAUUAGUUAAAACAUAUGGUGCUUCAAUUAAAAAUUUGGAAACUUAUCAGCAUAUUUCACAAGUUUUACAUGAAAGGCAAUUGGAACAAGAGAAUCUAAAUUUAUAUUACAAAACUAAUGAAAUUGAUAGCAAAGUUAAAAAUCUUUCUUCUGUUGAUGAGUUUUAUAAUUUGAUCAAUACUACUAUACUCUCCGAUCCGCUUAUUUCCACCAACAUCAAAGAUGUCUUGAAAAAAAGUAUUGAAAGCAAAAUUAAUGAAUUUAAAAAGACUAUUAUACCAACUUUUCAACAACUAUUAUUAAAUUCAAAUUGGGAUAAAUUAAACAGCACUGAGAGCAGAAAUAAUGGACAGUAUUUAAACAAAAAUGUCGCUGACUCAAUGAAGAAAUAUUCUGACGAUUUAUUUAAAAUCAGUCUUAUUUAUAAUGAAAUUAUGAAGCCAGAAAUUAAACAAUAUUUUAAUUUUGACUGUAUUGCUAACAAUUUUAAUAUAAAAUUUAUCUAUCAUUUCAACAGCAACAUUGGCCACAAUGACAACAAUCCUACAAGUGAGCUGGAGACUCAAACCAUCGAUACAUAUUUUAAAUUUUUGCACAUUUAUUUGAGUGAAAAUUUAUACAAAUGCAUAUCCAUUUUUCAUAAUGAAGAUAUCGGUCUAACAAAGGAACUUUGCCACCAGCAAUUUAUAAACCAUAUUUUGAACCCAAUCAGAAAAAAAAUACAAGCCACAUUGAAUUUUAUUGUCAAAUCACCUUCUGACAAUAAUUUAAACCAUUUAGUAGUUUUAAUUUCCCAAAUUUUUAUUACCGAUAAUACAUUGUGGAAAAUCUAUUACUACGAUUAUUACGGGUUAGUCUCUUUGAUUCCAGAAAACGUCCUACAGACAUGGGUUGAUUUUGAAUCUACUCUGGCACAAAGACAAUUCAAGAAUUUCUUGACCUCAGGGUUGAACAAUUUGUUGAAAAAUGGUCCGGAUUUUGUCAAAUACUUGGAAUCUCUUUUUGAGUACUUCACCCCGUUAUUUUCUGUUAAUUUGCCAAAUUUUUUUAAUCCACAGAUUCAGGUGUUUAGAAAUAAUUUCUUACAAUUAAUUCAGUUGUUUAAAGAUUUCAAUAUAAAUUAUAACAGCAUCAAUAAUAUCACUGAUGCUACUGGCAUUAACACUGCUGGAAGUUUGGGAAACUCAGAUAUGAAAAAUGACGAAGAACUACAAUUUAAAGAAAACGUUGUUAGAUUGAGAAAUAUGCAAUUAGUUUAUGACGUGAUGAUACAUUUAGAGAAUAAGCCAGAUUGUAUUAAAUUAACAAAUAUUUUCAAUAAAAAGACAAAAUCAACAUUUGGUAACUUAUUUUCUGGGGAAUUGAUCAAUUAUAAAGAAUCUAUUUUAGCCCUUAAUGAAUCUUUGGUCCAUAGAUUUAAAAAAAUGUUUGGUGCUUCUUUAAGAACAUACUUUAAGAUAGAUAGAUGGAAUUCUACAGGCGAUGAAUCCAAUGCUCAUAAUGACAAUGUUACCAAUACUAACACAUCUUGUUCUCCAGAACUUUUCUCAUCAGUUAGUAUAGUUAAAAAGUGCGUUGAUGUGAUGCGUUCAUAUAACUUGGAUUCCUUAAAUCUUGAACAAUUUCAGUCAGGUUGUAUGUCGAUCAUAAUAAAUUAUUUAACAAACUAUACAUUAAAAUUGAACGAAUUUAGCAAAGAUGGCUUGCUUCAGCUAAUAUGUGAUUACAAGACAUUAAAAAUGAGUUUAGGAUUCCAAUCAGGUGAAAUAAUUUCACUUGAUGAUGGCUCUUUUUUGGAUACCUUGAAGGUGUACAAAGUUUUAAAAUUUUACAAUGAGGAAAAAAAAAGUAAAUGGCUAGAUAAAAACUAUAUCAGGAAAAAUAAAUUCGAUGAUUUGAAGACUCAGUUGGAUAUUAAAUAUGCUUCAAAUGAUGAAAUUGCCUAUAUUUUAUAUAAAAUUGUGUAA